AGACUGCAGAAGAAGAAGAAGAACCUGCUGCAGAGGUUUGGAGACUCCGGCACCGCGUCUUUACGCACAGCGCACUAUGGACUACUGUUGAGCUCCGAAGGGAAGAAGAAGCAGCUCGUGCCUCACCGCACUGCAUUUUUGUUAAGAACUUGAGUAUUUUUAAUAUAAAAGUGAGUCUAACUUAUAUUUAUUGAUAAGAAGAAGCCGUUUUUGUCACCAUGAAGUUUCUGCUUUUACCGGUUUUUAUGGCUUUUCUCGCCGUCGCCCAAGUUUUCUGCGAGGAAAACGAGCCGAAAGGAGAAGCUGACUACUGGACGAGCAGCAACCAGAUCCAGGACGGAUGGCUCGCCAGAGAUCCGUUCAGAGAGAUCCUGCUGAGGAUGACGAGGAAGCCACGGCCGCACCAGUUCAUCGGGCUGAUGGGAAAACGCUCCAUGGCAAAUGCACAGAUCACCCGAAAAAGGCAUAAAGUCAACUCUUUUGUUGGCCUGAUGGGGAAAAGAAGCGAAGAGGAGCCGGAUUCCUAUGACUGGAACACAAUACAGACGUACGAUAAGCGCCGCUAACCUCAUCGAACCCCCCAAACCAGACGCUGCUUUUGUUUCUUCUCCAAACUGUGUGUAGCUGUUAGCCGAAUAAAAAAGAUUCUGUUUCCACAUCGUAGUGACGUAGCAGUGCUGUACCUGUGCCGGUUUCUUUAAAUGAGGAGGGGGUUAUCGAUGUUAGCAUUCCCCGCCAUCCUGUUGUUGUGGAGCAUCAAAGCUAAAGGCUAAAUGGCUGAAGACUGCACUGCCAAAGUCACUGUAAUAGUGCCUCAUCUCUGUUUUCACUGAUUGUUCUUAAACACACCACAAGGGGGACGUUUGGGCUUUUUAAAGGGGACUUCCACCUGGACACAUGGUGAGAUAUAUGACCUGUGUGUGACAAAUAUUAAAAUUAUUUUCUUUACUGGUUCAA